UGGAGUUCUCAGUCGGGACUGAGUCUGGCCAGCCGGUUUUCGGAAAUGGCACUUCCAUCCAGAUCGCUUCGUUAGCUUCUACCACUAACCAACAUUAUUAUAAACACCUUCACCUUACCGCAUAAACAAUCGUCUGUUGUUGCGAACACCACCACAGAUUUACAUACAUAAAUAGGCUGCUUUGGUUGCUCCCAAAUCCGACUGAGCUCCUUCAAACUUUCCAGAUCCAACUUCCAAGCGCCCCUGACUGCCUCAGCCACCCUUAAAGGUAUUUAUUUAUUUAGUACAUACAUACUUCAACCCUUCGUCUCUUUCUUCCACACCUCACCACUUCCGCCUGACUUAAACCCACACUCAUCUCACCAAAGCCCGAGUGAACAAAAACCCCGCAAGAAAGAUUAAAGCCCAAAGACAAUGCCACCUAAAGCAAAGCCCCAACCCAGACCAAGACCUCCCCCGACCCCGGUCCCGCUACUCUCGCCCAAGAUUUGGAUGGCCAAAGACUUCGAUCCCGAAGAGGUCUCGAUUCCUAGGAUGAGGGCUAUCCUGGACUUCAAUAAAGUCACCGAUCCUUACUAUCGUAGAUGGCAGCAAACUGCUCUCUUCCAAACCAAAGUCUUACCGAGAGUUAGAGUCUUGGUUGACAGGUACAAUGGAGACAUCUCAUCGAUAGACGAUUCGAUCUUGUUGAAGGAGAUCCUGACGGUCGUCGUGCCGAAGCUAGAAUCCCGAAAACGACGGGCACCUUCCGAAUCCGGCGACCCGGCCACAAGCGAUGAUAACAACCGCGAUGGCGAUGGUGGAUCCGUCGAUGCUCGCGCCAAAGCCACUAAUAAAAGACUCAAAUCUUCAAACUGAAAUCGUCCCCGUUAUCAUACAUAUAGUUAUAUAUCACAAACCGAACCAUUCGAACCCCGUCUUUCUUCGCACCUCUAUCAUC